AAUUAUGAGUUUAAUUUUCUCUACCGAAGAAGGAUGGAUCGUAUCUCAUUUACAAUAUCUUAACAAUAUUUAUAACAUUGCGACGAAUGGUAACACGCAGUGCAGGUUAAUUUUUAACGAAACGUUAUUUGAAAUAAAUUCCCAAUAUUUACGUCAGAAUCAAAUAACUCAAUCCGAUCGACACGAAGGAAUUCCAUUACAAAAUAAGAGCAAGAAAAGGAAACGGACGAAACUUUUACCCGAGGAAGAUUUAAAAGAGAUAAAUUACGUUAAACAAGCAUUCAACCGAAUAAUUUCAUCUGCCAAAGCGGAAGGAUUAUUCUCCGCUAACAUAACGUCUGAUAAUAACGAAGCAGCACGUUUGGCAUCACAGAAAUUUUAUCAGGACACGUUUACCGAGGAAGAGGGACACUUUUAUGGUUGCAAUGAUACAGACAUUGCUAUCAUAUCGGAAACAAAAGAUGAAAAAUACGUAUUCCCAAAGAAAUGUAACUUUUAUUGCUACGACGUGGACAGCAUUGCCAGAAUGUUGGAGUUGAACAAUCAAUACGAUUUUAUAUUGUUGGAUCCUCCUUGGUGGAACAAGUCCAUAAGAAGGAAAAAAACGAAAUAUUUAGAAGCUAGUUAUAAAAUGAUGUACAACGAGGAGUUAGCCAGGAUACCAAUUGGGAAGUUAUUAUGUUCGAAUGGAUUUGUAGCAAUUUGGUGUACUAAUGCUCCCAGUCAUCUGCACAGUAUUUUUCACAAUAUAUUUCCGUCGUGGGGUGUUACGUACAGGGCGAAAUGGUAUUGGGUUAAAGUCACUGAAGCCGGAAGUACAACGUGUAACUUUAAUUCUGCGCUUGGUAAACAACCUUACGAAUUACUAGUGUUGGGAUCUGUAUUAAACGGUAACGAAAUAAACAUUCCCGAUAGGAAAUUGUUGAUAAGCGUUCCGAGUGCUGUACAUUCUCACAAACCACCGCUUACAGAAGUUCUGCGAGAGUAUCUUCCAAAUGAACCAAAGUGUUUAGAAUUAUUCGCGAGGUACUUGCUUCCUAAGUGGACAAGUUGGGGCCUUGAAGUUUUGAAGUUUCAACAUUUGUCCCUGUAUACAGUCAUAGAAGAAACAAAAGAGGCUCAAAACAGCAGUAACAUGGAUGUAAAUAAAUUGAUUAAUUAAAAUUGAAGUAUACAAAAUAACAAUUGUUUCAGAAGUACUGUAUUUUUUUUUUAUUAUUCUUAUAAACUAGUCAUGCCUCAAUGGCAGUUAAAUAAUAUUAUGAAGUCCCAUUUACGUGGUCGCUAACACCAUUUUUUAUGACAGCACGAUAACCAUGCGGGUUCAUUGUUUGCCACCUCCAAAAAUCUUCGCCUAUAUUAAAAAUAUUAUUAGAAAUAUGUUAAACAUAAAAUGAAGGUAUUACGUAACUUA